AUGUCCGGAGACCUGGAGUCCAGCUUGCUGAAGUCUCAGCCUUCCUCUCCUUCAUCCUCCUCGCAAGCAUCUUUCUCUUCUUCUUCAGAUGACUUGGAGUACGCUCGUCUUUGCCAGGACGACAAGGUUGAGAGCUUCCGUAUUGAGACUCUCGAAGUAGAAGAUGAUAUCUCUCUCGACGACACCUUCGUUGCAACUCGCCCCUUGCCGCCUUGGCUGAGAUAUCCCAAGAACCUUGCUUUGGCCUUGAUCCCGAGUUUCCUGCACCCAGUGGAUCCUGAUGCGACACCAAAGCCCCUCCAUCCAUCAGCUUGGCUCGCGUUCUUCGUCGUCUGCCACCACUGGUCCCUCUGCACGUUGACCGGCGAGGUCCGCCGCGGCUUCAUGAGCGAUGAUACACCUCUCUUUCUCCAGAUCCCAAUCCUUCGCUUGGCUCUUUCAGGACUGUCGAACGUCUGCGUCUUCUUCGUCAUAUCCGGUUAUGCCCUAAGCUACAAGCCUAUGAAGCUCAUUAGGCAGAAGAAGUCGGCCGAGUUCGCAAUCGCCAGCGCUUCCUCAGCUUUUCGUCGGUAUAUCCGCCUCUUCCUUCCGACAAUGAUCACGUCACUUGCCGUCGCUGGCCUAGCUUACUUCAAACUAUUUGAGCUUGAGCCUAUUUCCGGUCCAUCUGUCACAAUGUUCAGGCCACCAGCACUAGACAAUGUAUGGGACCAAGUAGUUGGAUGGUGGGGGCACUUCUCGAUUUUGUCCGACCCAAUGGCCAAGAACCUUGACAGAGGAAGAGGGUUUCCAUAUCAGCCGCAACUUUGGACCAUCCCCGUGGAGUUUGACGGUUCACUCAUUGUCUUCUUGGCACAUGUCGCCUUUUACCGAGUUCGCCCUAGCGUUCGAAUUCUUUUCCUUGUGUGCCUCCUCAUCUACACCAUUCACUCCGGCUACUGGCAGUUCUUUCUUUUCUUGUCCGGCCUGCUCCUCGCUGCCCUCAGAUUUUACGGCGACGAUGAGAAUGCCGACUACGAGAGCAACGGCUACGUCUGGGAAACUCUACCACACCUAUCGAGCCCUUCGUACUGGCGACGUGAGGGGCUGAGGGGAUUCAAUGCCCCAAUUUCGUUGAUCAAAUCCUCCAAAACCUACGGGAUCUCCAAGAAGACUCUUCAAUUAGCCUCUUUCAUCGGCGCCCUAUGGCUGUUGUCGUUCCCCGAGGGGAGCGGAAGUGUUGCGCAGACCCCAGGAUUUAGAAACCUUUCCUGGCUGACCCCUGCAAAGUACGGCGAAGGCGACGGCUUCUGGAUCCCCAUCGCCGCUGUCUGGCUGGUUUCCACCAUUGAUCAGUCACCUUUCAUUCAGCAGCUUUUCACGGGUCGGGUCAUUCAAUACCUCGGCCGGAUAUCGUUCGCCAUCUACCUCGUUCACAACUGCCUGAUUUGGCUCUGGGGCUAUCACUGCGUUCGGUUCUUUAGUGCCAUUACUGGCACUCUUCUUGAAGCCAACCUUAGCACUGACUGGGGACUUGUCGUCUUUCUUUCAACAUGUCUUUACUUACCAGGUGUCGUCUGCGUAGCGGAUUUCGUGCAGAGACAUGUGGAUGUCAACGCUGUCAAGUUCGCGGCUUGGUUCGAGGGAAGGUUGAUUGAAAAGACGAAGUAG